CGUCUAUAAUUAUGUGCUGAAACUAUCCCUCACGCACCUCAACGCGCGGCUCUUCACCGCCAGAUUGACCGGAAAACUUGCUCCGCUGGUUCUACACUUCUACUUUCUCAUCAAUCGAUCAAUUUCAGCCCUAAUUUUGCUUACGUUAUCAUUCGUCAUCGUAUUAUUAUUAUUCUGAUUGAUAAUGAUGAUGAUUUGUAGUUGUAUGAAACUCGUAUGUGCAAUUUGAUUAAUAAUAGUGAUAAUAUUGAUCGGAAAAUCUCCAACCGCUGGUUCUACUUCCUCAUCAAUCGAUCAAUUUCAUUUCUAGUUUUGCUGACGUCAUCCUAGGGUAUUGGUGGAAAACUAGAAGAGUUGUUGUUGAGAGAUGAUAUUGGCGUUGAAUCGCGAUGGAAUUAAUUUGAUCAACUGCAUAUUUCAUUUUUCUGAAUGGCAUCCUUUGGAAUUCAGCCAGAAAACUAAUUAGUUAGGGCUUGAUUGCCUUCUCAAUCUCCGCAGGAGGUUCAGUUCUAACUAAUCCGGUCAAUUGUUCGCUAGAUUAUUAAAAAGUCGUUAUACUAUUAGUUAAGGUCGAGUAUCCAAUCCAAUACUCAUGUUUAUUAGGGGAUACUCUCUUGCAAGUGUGGCAGAAAUGGGAUGUUGCGGUUGUUUCGGGUUUUCAUCUGCGAAAAAGCAAAGGAAUCCUAGACCUAAUUCCCGCAUCGGGAAUCACAUUUCACAGGAGUUGUUGCUUAACGAUGAAGUAGAAGAGGAAGAAGACGAAGAAGAAGAUAAUUGCUCAUACGGAGAUGACAUGUCUGAAUCUGAAAAGGGAGAUCAUGAAGAAUUCCGGAACCCGUCAAAACGUUCCGAAGAUAUUCUUUUGUACCGAACGCAAAACGGGUUGAUUUGUAGGGAGUUUCCUGUUAAGGAAACACACAAAGUUGUCCGCUCAGAGGAUGAGAAUGGGAACAAGACGGUGAAUGAGUAUGUUCGCGAGUGCAAAAUUGGCUCUGGUAGUUAUGGAAAAGUGGUUCUUUACAGAAGCCGAGUGGAUGGGAAGCAUUAUGCAAUUAAGGCGUUUCACAAGUCUCAUUUGUUAAAGCUACGAGUUGCUCCAUCUGAAACUGCAAUGACUGAUGUUCUUCGCGAGGUCUUAAUUAUGAAAAUGUUAAAUCAUCCGAAUAUUGUUAAUCUUAUUGAGGUUAUCGAUGACCCAAACACAGAUCAUUUCUACAUGGUUCUAGAAUAUGUUGAAGGAAAAUGGGUCUUUGAAGGUGCUGGACCGCCAGGUGGCUUGGGUCAAAACGUUUCACGGAGAUAUUUGCGGGAUAUAGUUUCUGGGUUGAUGUAUCUCCAUUCUCAUAAUGUUGUGCAUGGUGAUAUAAAACCUGAUAAUCUUCUCGUUACUGCCGCUGGCACAGUAAAGAUCGGUGAUUUUAGUGUGAGCCAGGUUUUUGAGGAUGAAAAUGACGAACUUCGUCGCUCCCCUGGGACUCCUGUAUUCACUGCUCCCGAAUGUUGUCUAGGUCUAACUUAUCAUGGCAAAGCCGCUGACACGUGGGCUGUUGGAGUUACCUUGUACUGCAUGAUACUGGGACGAUAUCCUUUUCUUGGGGACACGCUACAAGAUACAUAUGAUAAGAUCGUUAAUGAUCGUAUAUGGCUCCCUAAGGGCAUGAACCCCCAACUCAAGAACCUUCUCGAGGGUCUUCUAUGCAAAGACCCGACAGAAAGACUCACUCUAGAGAUGGUUGCAGUGCAUCCGUGGGUUGUGGGUGAUGAGGGCCCGAUACCUUAUUUUUUAUGUUGGUGCAAACGUAAUAAGUUACCGAGGGAUCAAAUAUCUGAUGGGAGUAUAUCAGAGUCCUCUCAUUAAUAUCGACGAAAAACCUUUUUGUAUUGUGUUAAGGUUUAUUUUGUAUAGUAAGAGUUUGUUUGGGAAUGUGGUGAAGAGUUUGUAUCGUGUUGAUUUUGGAACCAUAUAGGCUAAAGAUGAUGUGCAGUUGAAAGCUUUUCUGUUGGGUAUCUUGUCGAAACCUGACUAGACGAAAUGUUUCGGCUCAAAUCUAAUGGCUUCAUGCUCCAUCGACUAUUGAUCAUUUCGUCA